GUCGGGAGGAAAGUUAGAGUGGUUCGUGCCGGCAAGAGAGAAGCAGCCAAGCUCUGAGCUCACGACGCGCGCUGCCUAGUUUCUGCGUUGGCCUCGCCGCGGCCGGCCGCCAGCACAGGCGGAUCGAGCAUCAGUCGCACUGUCGGUUGCUUGCGAGGGACUUGCUUGCAUGAGCGCGCGCGCCAUGCCGUGCUGCUGCUGUGGGGUCGUCAGCGCGCCGCAUUUACACUCGUGAUCGCGCGAAUCGCGGCAUGGCUGCACGAUGUUAGGUUAUGCCGCCACCGCUGCGGCCUGUUACCAAGUAGUCAGGUCGCGUACCCUGAUCGUUUUAGAUUAACCACUAGUUACGAAGUAGUUAUUUAUCGUAGCGACGUAGCUAUUGAUCGUAGUGCCGUAGCCAUAUCCGUCAUUCAUCUGCCUGCGUAGAGGCCGACGCGAACAGCGAGCGGCACACAGCGAGAAGCAUGCUGUAGAAGUCAUCCCUGCGUGCACGCUCUCGCUCCUGCCUACCGGGUGUGCCGUCGUCCCGUUUGUAGAGUGGCUCGUUACCGCGAUGGGGUGCGCGGUGUCGGUGGAGGUGGACGCCGCCAAGCACAAGUCGGCCGACAUCUCCGACGCCAACAGCCACGCCGUGUCGCAGAAGCCCUCGGGGAAAUCCGUCUCAGUGCAAGACUCCCUCGUGUCGGUAUCAACGGCGCUGGACGCGCCCACCACUGAUGAGGGGGAGGCGCCAGCAGCAGACGGCGCGCGGCCGCUGCGCAAGUUCCGGCUGCGCGAGGUGCGCGACAUGUGCGCGGGGUUCUCGUCCAAGUGCCCCGUGCUGGGGCAGGGGUCGUUCGGCACGGUGUACCGCGGCGCCAUGGAGCUGGACGGCCAGCCCACCGACGUCGCCGUCAAGCGCCUCGACGCCGAGAGCCAGCAGGGCGUCGACGAGUGGCUCGCGGAGGUGCUGAUUCUGGACCGGCUGCGGCAUGUGAACCUGGUGGCGCUGGUGGGGUACUGCAAGGAGAAGGGCGAGUGCCUGCUCGUCUACCACUACUACCCCAACGACAGCGUCGAGACCGCCCUCUUCACCCGCAAGCGGGCGGGCGAGGAGGCGUUCUCGUGGGAGCGGCGGGUGCGCGUGGCGCUGCAGGCGGCGGAGGCGCUGGCGUACCUGCACGCUAACGACGUCAUCCACCGCGACUUCAAGCCCUCCAACGUGCUGCUCGACCAGGACUGGACGGCGAAGCUGAGCGACUUUGGCAUGUGCAAGGAGCAGGACGCGGGCAAGUCGCACGUGUCCACUCGGGUCAUGGGCACCAUGGGGUACCUCGACCCCGACUACAUGGAGACAGGGCUGCUGCGGCAGAGCUCGGACGUGUACGCGUUUGGGGUGUUCCUGCUGGAGCUCAUCACGGGCAAGCGCGCCGUGUCCGACACGGGGCAGCCGCUCACCAGCUGGGUCUUCCCCCUGCUGGACCAGAAGAAGCCUGAGAUCGACCUGCUCAUCGACAGCGCGCUGGGCAGCCGGUUUGACCGCGACAGCGCGCUCAAGAUCGCGGUGAUCGCCAAGUUCUGCAUCGGCGACGAGGAGCUGCGCCCCGAGAUGGCUGCCGUCGUUGAGAGGCUCAAGAAGCUCGUGCCGCCCUGACCACGGGCGCUGGGGAUGGCCCUGCGAGGCGCGUUGGCAUGGAAAUGCUGUGAUGUGAAUGGUGGUGUAAUAGGAGAUGUUGAAAAUGGUGUCAACACUAGAAACACUCUUACCGUAUUCUCCCGGAUACAGUACCAGCCGGAAUUAAGCUCCCAUCCCAUGGGUGGCUUGAGCGGGUAUGGGUGUUAAAUUAAACUGGAUCUAGUUACUGUCAAACAUAUAUUGUAUGCAUGCCCCCAAAUUGGUUUUGGGGGUGUUUGAUUCAUCAGACUUGUCAUCAGGGCUGA